CAACAUUUAAUUGGUUUAAGGUUGGAAUUCUAGUUCCAGAGUGGUUUCAUUAGCUAUGGAAGUUAUUUACUUGAGAUGAAAAGGAAACAGCUUUCAAGCGUCUAGUUCUUCAUUAUAUCAAUGGAAGUCUUUGCCAUUCUUCUUCUUUGCUCCUUUUUAUUUGCUAAUCUUACUAUAUCCACAGCAGUGGACACCUUGAAUGCAACUGAAAUACUUAAAGAUGGCGACACUAUAGUUUCAGCCGGUGGAAGAUUUGAGCUAGGGUUCUUCAGUCCAAGUAAUUCAACCAAGAACAAGUACCUGGGAAUUUGGUACAAACAAAUACCACUCAAAACUGCAGUAUGGGUAGCCAACCGAGAAUCCCCCCUCAAUGAUUCAUCAGCUGUUUUGAAACUCACCAGUCAAGGGAUUUUAAUCCUUCAGAUUCAUAAUGGAACCACCAUUUGGCGUUCAAACAUAUCGAGACCGGCUCGGAAUCCGUCUGCAAAGCUGUUCGAUUCAGGAAACUUGGUCGUGAAAGACGAAAAUGAGAGAAAUCCGGAGAAUUUCUUGUGGCAAAGCUUUGACUAUCCAUGUGAUACAUUGCUUCAAGGGAUGAAGCUUGGGAGGGACUUAGUCAGAGGCCUGGAUCGACCCCUGUCAUCCUGGAGAACUCCUGAUGAUCCUGCUCCAGGUAAUUUUACAUAUCGGUUCGAAGUCGGAGGUUUUCCGGAACUUAUACUUCGAGAAGGUUCCGUCAUCCGGUUCCGGCCUGGUCCUUGGAACGGUAUACGGUUUAGCGGCACACCUGAGCUAAAACCGAACAAGUUCUUCACAGUUUCUGUUGUGAUCAAUGACAAGGAAGUGUAUGACACCUAUGUGCUUCAUAAUAGCUCGGUUCUUUCGAGGAUGGUGUUGAGCCAUGACGGACUUUGGGAGCGGCUAACAUGGACCGAUCGAACCCAAAGUUGGCAAGUUUUCGUCACGGUUCAAAUGGACCCUUGUGACAGUUAUGGACUAUGUGGUGCAUAUGGCAGCUGCAAUGCAAGUAACAGUGUAAAAUGCAGUUGUCUGAAAGGAUUUGUGCCGAAGUUUCAGAAGGAUUGGGACACUCAAAACUGGUCUCACGGUUGUGUUAGAAGAACCACAUUGAACUGCUCGAGUGAUCGGUUUUUGAAGUAUUCGAACGUGAAGUUACCGGAUUCGAGACAGUCAUGGUUUAGUUACAGUAUAAAUCUUGAUGAGUGUAAGAAUUUGUGUACUAGAAAUUGUUCUUGUACUGCAUAUUCCAAUUUGGAUAUUAGAGAUGGAGGAAGUGGGUGCAUGCUUUGGUUUGUUGAUCUGGUUGACAUUCAACAAUUCAGUGAAAAUGGACAAGAUUUAUAUUUAAGGAUGGCUGCAUCAGAACUAGAGAGCACAAAAUCCAAGGACAAGGAAAGAAUUUGGGUUGCAUUCAUCUCAAUGUUAUCUGCAGCAGUGUUGAUCUUUGGAUUAACCUUGAUCUUAUAUAUUUGGAGGAAGAGACGCCAUGAAAACCCUGGAUUGACCACAUCCACAUUUAUUCCUGAAAGUGGCCUCGGUGUUAAAAAUCAGAACGAAGAGUUCGAGUUAACAUCAUUUGAUUUAGCCACAAUUGUUCUUGCAACUGAUAACUUUUCGAUCAAGAAUAAACUUGGACAAGGCGGUUUUGGAUCCGUCUAUAAGGGGUUGUUGAAGGAUGGGCGAGAAAUUGCAGUAAAGAGGCUAUUGAGAAGCUCUGGAGGAGGACUUGAAGAGUUCAAAAAUGAAGUCAUGCACAUUGCAAAACUUCAGCAUCGAAACUUAGUGAAGCUUUUAGGAUGCUGCAUACAUGCCGAUGAAAAGAUCUUGAUCUAUGAAUUUAUGCCGAACAAAAGCCUCGACUUCUUUAUUUCCGAUGAAACUCAGAGCAAGCCACUAGAUUGGCCUACACGAUAUAACAUUAUCAAUGGGAUUGCUCGUGGUCUGCUGUAUCUCCAUCAAGAUUCAAGACAGAGAAUAAUACAUAGAGAUUUGAAAGCUGGUAAUGUUUUAUUAGACUAUGAAAUGAACCCCAAAAUUUCAGACUUUGGAUUGGCUAGAAGUUUUGGAGAAAAGGAAACCGAGGCAAACACAAAGAAAGUUGUGGGAACAUAUGGUUACAUGGCUCCAGAGUAUGCAAUUGAUGGACUAUACUCCAUUAAAUCUGAUGUCUUCAGCUAUGGCGUAUUGGUGCUCGAAAUAGUAACUGGAAAGCGUAACAGAGGUUUCUGCCAUCCAGAUCAUCAUCUUAAUCUUCUUGGCCAUGCAUGGAGACUGUUUGGUGAAGGAAAAUCCAUGGAGUUGAUGGCAUCAACAGCGAGGGAAACUUGUAAUCCAUCUGAAAUGUUGAGAUCAAUCCACGUUGGCCUGUUAUGCGUGCAACAAAGCCCGGAGGAUAGACCGAACAUGGCUAGUGUAGUACUGAUGUUGGGAAGUCAAGGGCCAUUGCCGAACCCUAAACAACCAGGUUUUUUCACUGAACGCGAUGUCAUUGAAUCCACAUCUUCUUCAUCGAACACCCAAAAACUCUUAUCGUCUAAUGAUUUCACCAUUAGACUGUCGGAAUCAAGAUAAAAGAAAAGAAAUGCUAACUUUUCAAUGUUGGUUUUGCUUGACUUGAUGAACUCCUUGGAAUUGAUUGUAUUAAGUCAUUGAAACAA